AUGGUUGUUAAAGCAGCCUUGGAGUGGACGUUCUAUGAAGGCGUGUUGUGUGGAAGAAAGCAUUCGGUGGUGGUGGAUCGGUUGAACAAACUACGCAAUAAAGCUGAUAGCUUUGUGCAUGGCGUCCGAGAUCACGUGAGUGUGGGGCACAAGAUAUCUGAUACUGUUAAGGGGAAACUGAGCCUGGGAGCAAGAAUUAUUAAUUCAGGAGGUUUUGAGGGGGUUUUCCGCAAAAGUUUCUCAGUAGUAGAAGAUGAGAAAUUGCUCAAGGCGUCACAGUGCUACAUGUCCACCACUGCAGGGCCUGUAGCAGGCGUGCUCUUUGUUUCUACUGAAAGAAUUGGAUUUUGCAGUGAGAGAGCAAUCAAAGUCUCUUCAACUGUUGGAAAUUCAGCUAAGGUACCUUACAAGGUUUUAAUUCCAUUGAAGAAGGUGAAGGGAGCAUUUUCAAGUGAGAAUACGGAAAAUCCGAAUCAGAAAUAUAUGUAUAUAGUCACUGUUGAUGGAUUUGAGUUUUGGUUUAUGGGAUUUGUAAAUUACAAAAAAACUUUCAAGUCCGUUCAGAAAGCUAUCUUAGUAAGCGGGACUUUUUCCGGCAGACAUUACGAGGCGGUUACCGGCGGUUUCGACCAGUUUUCCGAGUGCAAAGCGGUCCGUCGUUUGAAAUUCCACGUGAGGAACCGCUGUUCGAACCUCGCCUUGCACACUGGAGCCCGGAGCGCGCGCGGGAAGCUAGCUGCACGCCGCGAGAGCCGCUUGGGGGGAGCUUACCGAAGCAUUGGAGCGGGGGUGGCUGCCGGAGCGUGGGAGCGGGGGUGGUUGUCGGAGCGCUGA